UUUUAUUUAGAAAUAUUAAAAACAGUUAUCUUAAAUGUAAUGUCAAAAUGCAUUCGUCUCAUCAAAAUUCAGUCGUUUAAUCCCGAUACCCAAGCAACCGUUAGAAGGAUUCCCCACGCAUGCUAAUAAUGCAUUUGCGAUUUCACAUACACACAGAUAACCCCACAGUCUCAGGAAAAACGUGGCGUAUAUAAAAACCACUCCCGGGCAUCGGAGCGCAUCAGUAUUUAAAACUCCUUGGACAUAAGUAGCCAGUAGCAGUCAGACAGUAACAAUAAAAAAAAUGGCAGGAUUAGCAGUCGUAUUGUUCGUCGUGGCAGUUUUGUGGUCUUGCGACGCCAAGAUACUCAAGCGGUGCGACAUUGUGCGUGAGCUGACGAGACAAGGGUUCCCGGAGUCCCAGAUGAGAGAUUGGGUAUGCCUGAUAGAGAAUGAGAGUGGCGGCGACACAGGAAAGAUUACGACAAAAAAGAACGGGUUCAAGGACUACGGACUGUUCCAGAUCGACAGCAACUGGUGGUGCGCUCGUUCGAGCCCUGCCGCCCUUUGCCACAUCCCUUGCGCUGAGGUUAUCACCGACGACAUCACGAAGGCUUCGGACUGCGCCAAGCUGAUCUACAGACGCUUCGGUUUCUCGGCUUGGAGUGGCUGGAACCACCACUGCCAAGAAUCCCUGCCGGACAUCAGCAACUGCUAAGCAUUCUAAAUAUAUUUGGCAUCUUAUGUUAAUUGUAAUAAGUGCUAUUGUGUAACAAAAAGUGUGAUGUGGUGAAGACGAGACUGUAGACUGUACCAACUUAUUUUAGAACUNUUAGAACUAAAAUUGGUGAUUACCCAAAGCUAAGAAGCUGCUCUAUGAUCAAAAGAUUGUAACAGAAAUAAUUAUCAUCUCUUAAUAAGUAACGGAAGUACUUAGGUAGGUACUAUAAAAAUUAAAAACUAAAGAUCAGAUGUGAUGCGAAAAGGAGUGCGAAGAUUGUGGAAUGAUUUUGGAGUAGCCCCAAUAAAGCCUUCUCCAAUGAUUUAAUCAGUGUUUCUCUGGACUAUCGUGUCCGUGAGUAGUGUACCUAAGUACAUACCUAACAUUUUAAUCAUUUUAUUUUGAAAUUAACAGCAAGAUAACAAGUAGGUAUACUCGNGUAGAGUUAUCUUACAAUGUCAGAGUUCAUUCGUCUCAUCGCAAUGCGAGUUAAAUCCGGACACCCAGCAACCGCUUGCUUGGGGGAUUCCCGUAUCAUAUCGCACAUAAUAAUGCAUGUGCCGAUUUCAUAAUACACAGAGAUAAGUAUUAAGCCCGCAGUCUCAGGGAAAACGUGGCGUAUAUAAACCACUCCUGGGCAUCAGAGCGCAUCAGUUUUCAAAACUCCUUGGACAUAGUCAAUAGUAACUAUAUCAAUAUAAAAUAUAAAAAUGGC